UCCCGCGUGAGCCAAAUCAGUUUUUUGUCUAUCUUUUAACUCCUUAGUUCACUCUAGCCGCCGCUCGAGGUCUCCAUCUCCAGUCUCGACUUUGUUCUCCAUUCUCUAAGUCUCACCAGUGUCGUUCACGAUCUCCUGUUCCGACCUCACACGGUCGGACCUCACAAGCCACAGCAUUGCUGUCGUUCACUCUGCAGUUCCGAGCUCCCAGGUCGGCCGUUCGCUCACUAUCCCAAUCUCCAGAUCUAAUCUCUCCUCUUCAGUCCUCAUUUAGCUCGUGUGUCGUCAAUAGUUCAAAUAAAAGUUAUCAGAAAUUCUGAAGAGGCGGCUUGUAUCUUUCGUUUAGUUCAUUUGAUGGAAAAUAAACCAUCUACUUUAUCUACUAGCUUGAUAGACCAAUCAGUGGUUCCUGGAGAUGUAGUUCUUGAUCUCUCUAGCAUGUCAAACCAAACAGUUAAGCUUGGAGGUGGUCUAUACCAGGACUGUGAUGCAAUUUCAGUAAUGAAGGCUGGCAGGCUAAGAUUCUCAAAGCCCAACAAAUAUUGGGUUGAAAGUUCUCAGAAAAGGUAUGUGCCCCAUGUAGAAGAUUCUGUUCUUGGAAUUGUUGUAGACAUCAGAUCAGAUAAUUUUCUUGUGGACAUAAAAGGACCUGCUAUAGCAUAUUUGCCUGUGCUUGCAUUUGAAGGAGGAACUAGAAGAAAUAUACCUAAAUUUGAGGUGGGUACUCUGCUUUAUGUGCGGGUUGUGAAAGCUAACCCUGGAAUAAAUCCUGAACUGUCUUGCACGGAUGCCAGUGGGAAAGCAGGAGAAUAUGGUGUGUUGAAGGAUGGCUAUAUGUUUGAAUGCACAACUGGUCUAUCAAGGAUGCUGCUCAGCUCGCCCACGUGUCCAGUCCUUGAUUCUUUAGGGAAGAAAUUGUCAUUUGAGAUAGCAGUUGGCUUAAAUGGUCGCGUUUGGGUUAAUGCAGAAUCUCCAUCGACAACCAUUAUUGUCGCUAAUGCAAUUAUGAACUCAGAGUCAUUGAGUGGGGUCCAGCAGAGAAUAAUGGCUGACAAGCUGCUUCAGAGAAUCCAGUGAUCAAGUUGUCUUACUUAAUGAACAUGCUUUACAAGCACUGGCCAAGUGUACGAAGGAUUUUCACCCACCUUACUCUAGAGCGCUAAGUUACAGAAAGUUAAUCGCAAAGUCAUGAUGUUAAAUGUAAUUUUCAAUUUUAGGACCUAGGUUUGUUGGUAUAUUUACUGUCUCCCAGAAUAUCUGGUGCAAAGUUUGGUCCUGUAUCAAAUGCUAGUAGUAUUGGUAAAAUCAUUGUAGGUCCAUUCUUUUUUUGUUAUUUGACCUUCAAAUGAUAGUUUUCUUGUUAUGAACUCUUUCCAGCCUGCUUUUAUCGACAUUCUCACUUGCGGGAUAUGUGAAUUAGCUGACAUGAUUGCGUA